AUGUCAAACCCUAAACAAAAGAGAACAGCCGCUAAAGGCGCCCUUACACGUUUCACCACUUACUUCAAUAACAUUAAAUCGCUCACACCCGAUCAAAUAAAUAUCUGUGAACUGCAAAUCAGGUUAAAUGCAGCUGAAAAGUUGAUACAUGAUUUCAAUAAUGCUCAGUCGGAAAUAGAAUCCGCGGAUCAACAAUAUGACGAUAACAUAGAUACAUUACACGCUACAGAACGUGAAACUUUCGAAAAUCUCUUUUAUACAGUCACAGCAAAUGCUACGAAAUUCAUAUUUGAUUGCAAUAACGAUCAAAAUUCAGCUAAGGCGUGUACCUCCAAUCAAAUUUCUACCAACGACAUAAAAUUACCUUCACUCAAUUUACCUAACUUUGAUGGAGCAUACGACCAAUGGCUUUUUUUUCGGGAUACUUUUAUUUCAAUAAUUCACCAGAACUCUUCCUUGUCAAACAUUCAAAAAUUUCAUUAUUUGCGCCUUUCUUUGAAGGGUACUGCCGCAGAAACGAUCAAAGCCUUAGAAAUAUCUGCUAAUAACUAUGAUGUUGCCUGGAAACUCAUCACUGAACGUUUUGAGAACAAACAGAUUUUAGUAAAUAAUCACAUAAAGCAUCUUUUCAAUUUGCCUAACAUUUUGAGAGAAUCUAAUCAAGGGCUUAGACAACUUUUAGAUGGAUUGCAAAAACACUUAAGAGCACUUGAAGCACUUAAACUUCCCAUUGAUAAAUGGGAUGCAUUAAUAAUUUACCUAAUAUCGACAAAAUUAGAUCACGCUUCCAGGCCACUUGUCGAAAUCUUAGACAAACAUGGUAAUCCACAUGACUGCAAGGUUCUGCUCGACUCUGGAUCACAGAGUAACUUUAUAUCCGAAAGAAUAUGCAAAAUACUAGGUUUACAAAUGAAUAAAAUUAAUUUCUCUAUCUCUGGAAUCAACCAAGUCAAGUCCAACAUCAACUACACGACAUUUGCAAACAUUCACUCCAAAACAAACGAUUAUCAAACAACACUACCAUGCUUCGUUCUCUCAAAUAUUGCUGGUAAUUUGCCUUCCUUCACAUUCAAUAAAAAUAUUGUGAAACUCCCGCAAAAUAUUACUUUAGCUGAUCCAAAUUUCCAUGAAUCCACCCCUGUUGAUUUACUAAUAGGAGCUGAAAUCUUCUGGGAACUUGUCAGUAUUGGUCAAAUAAAACUUGGCAAAGGCCAACCAAUUCUCCAAAAAACCAAACUAGGUUGGAUUCUUUCGGGACCAAUUCAAACGAAAAAGCAAACAAAUCCUGAAUAUCAGUGUAACCUCAGUAUUAAUACCCUCGAAUUGAACGAACAACUCUGCAAGUUUUGGGAGAUUGAACAAUGUCCGGAAGUGAAGUACGUUUCCGAAGAGGAGAAUGCUUGCGAAACUCACUUUAAACAAAACAUAACUCACAGACCUGAUGGACAUUUUUCAGUAUCUCUUCCCCUAAAAGAAUCACCUGUAAAACUGGGCGAUUCAAAGACAUCUUCUACCAACAGAUUUCUUGCCCUGCAACGAAAACUACUUAAAAAUCCAGAAUUACAGGCCCAAUAUCAUGAUUUUAUCAAAGAAUAUCUUACAUUGAAUCACAUGUCUCUAACUGAUAAUCAAACGGACGAAUCUGGUUUUUUCCUUCCCCACCAUUGUGUCCUGAAAGACACCAGCUCUACCACAAAGCUACGUGUUGUCUUCGAUGGCAGUGCAAAAUCCUCUUCUGGUCUGUCCCUCAAUGACAUUUUGAUGGUAGGUCCAACCAUACAGGACGACUUAUUCUCAAUAGUUCUACGAUUCAGAAGACAUAAAUUCGUUCUUAGUGCCGACAUAACCAAGAUGUAUCGGCAGGUCUACAUCAACCCCGAACAUCGUUUUCUGCAAAAAAUUCUUUGGCGUUUCAAUCCAAAUGAGAAAAUCUCAACCUUCACUCUCAACACUGCUACUUACGGAACUGCCUGUGCAGCUUUCCUGUCUAUUCGAUGCCUACAUGAAGUGGCGUAUCUUCAUCAAGUUGAAUUUCCGAAAAUUGCUUCAAUCAUACUGCAGGAUUUUUAUGUAGAUGAUCUACUUACUGGAAGUGAUUCACUCGAAGAACUUCUUUACAUAAAACGAAUUUUAUCCAAUCUUCUUGAACAGCACGGUUUUACAUUGAGAAAAUGGGUAUCAAACUUUCAAGAAAUACAAUCACAAGAAGACUUUCUACUCACCAUCGGCAGUAGAGAACAAAAUAAAACCUUAGGCUUACUAUGGAACUCUUCCUCUGAUGUUUUAACCUAUACUAUCUCCAGUAAUAAUUUUACCGAAAAAAUCACAAAACGUCAAAUACUGUCAUCCAUUUGCCAAAUUUUCGACCCACUCGGGCUUCUCUCACCUGCUACUAUUGUUGCCAAGAUCAUCUUGCAACAACUGUGGAAAUUGAACAUCUCUUGGGAUGAAAGCAUUCCCAUGGAUCUACAUUCGAAAUGGCUAUCUUAUCGUUCACAUCUCAACAAACUGAAUGAGAUUAAAUUCCCUCGACAUAUUCAAUGCAGCGAUUCUACUUCUAUAGAACUACACGGUUUCUGUGACGCCUCAGAAGCUGCAUAUGGGGCAUGUGUAUUCAUUCGUUCUAUUGAUGCUUUCGGCAAUUAUACUUGCAACAUUCUUUGUGCAAAAACUAGAGUUGCACCUUUAAAACAAAUCACAAUACCCAAACUGGAGCUUUGUGGAGCCACACUGUUGUCUGAUCUCAUGAACAAGGUGAAGGACUCAAUCAAAAUAUCAUUCAAUAAAACAUACUAUUGGAGCGACUCCACAAUCGUAUUAGCUUGGAUAAGAUCUUCUCCGAGUUUAUUGAAAACCUUUGUUGCCAACAGAGUAGCUCAAAUUCAGAAUUUAACCGAUCCCGAUUGUUGGAAUUACAUAAACACCUCAGAAAAUCCCGCAGACUUACUGUCACGAGGAGUACCCCCUACAAAACUCAUUAAUUCCAGUCUUUGGUUCCAUGGUCCCAAGUGGCUUGUCCACUCGGACAGCGAUUGGCCAAUGAAUGAACUUUCAAUCCCUACACCAAAUGAUCUUCCCGAAAUGAAACAUAUAAAAACUUUUCUCAGUAUCGAUCAAAACUUCCUGGAAAAUAUCGGCAGAUUUUCAUCCUUCUUGAAAUUACAAAGGACAUUCGCCUGGAUAGUUCGUUUUAAAAAUAACCUCAAGACUGAACCCAAUUCCAGAAAACUUGGUGUUUUAAUGCCUUCAGAACUCCAAGAAUCCUUGAAUCUAUUGAUACGCAUUGUCCAAAGGCACGCUUUCCCUCAAGAUCAUAAUGCUCUUUCCAAGGGACACAACGUCAAUUACAAAGGUAAUCUCGCAAGUCUGAACCCAUUCUUGGACAGUGAACAAAUCAUCAGAGUUGGUGGUAGAAUACAAAAUUCGGACUUCCCCUUCCGCAAAAAACACCUAGCCGUGCUACCAGCCAACAAUCAUUUCACGACUCUUUUAGCUCGACAUGAACAUAUUCGCCUAUUGCAUGCCGGUCCACAGCUAUUAUUAGCAUCUCUAAGAGAAAGAUACUGGCCAAUCUCUGGUCGAAAUCUCGUAAGGAAGGUCGUACACGAAUGUACACGAUGUUUUCGCUUCCAAGCGAAACCCGAACAAUAUCUUAUGGGUAAUCUUCCCAAAGAACGAGUUUCGCCAUCGCGUCCAUUCUCGAUAUCUGGCAUUGACUAUGCAGGUCCAUUUUCAAUCAGAGACAGAAAAACAAAAAAUUAUAAAACUACGAAGGCUUAUAUAGCUCUUUUUGUAUGUCUCAGUGUUAAGGCAAUUCAUCUAGAGGUUGUGAGUGAUCUAACCUCCGAAUGUUUUUUAGCUGCUUUGAGGAGAUUUUUUGCGAGACGUGGAAAAUCGGCUACCUUAUUUUCAGAUAAUGGCACUACAUUUGUAGGGGCGAAUAAUGAAAUAAAAAACUUCUUUAAACAUAAUAGUGAAAUCAUUGCAAACAAUUUAACCUCUGAAGGAAUUUGCUGGAACUUCAUUCCGGCAAAGGCACCCCACUUUGGUGGUAUUUGGGAGGCUGGUGUAAAAUCAGUGAAACAUCAUCUAUAUAGGGUGAUGGGAGAUUCAAAAUUAACCUACGAAGAAUUUUCUACGGUAUUAUGUCAAAUAGAAUCUUGCUUGAAUUCCCGCCCACUUUAUCCUCUUUCUAAUGACCCAAAUGAUACAUUACCUCUCACCCCUGCGCAUUUCUUAAUUGGUGGAUCUUUAAACACCAUACCUGACCACAAUUUGCUAGAUACGAAAAUGAAUCGUCUCUCACGAUUCCAAAGAUGCCAGCAAAUUCUGCAACACUUCUGGACCAAAUGGAAAAAUGAAUACAUAUCCAGCUUGCAACAGCGUACGAAAUGGAAGGAGCGCUGCAAUGAUUUGCUGAAGAUUGGUGUUCUCGUACUGUGCAAGGAAGAUGGGCUUCCCCCUCUAAAAUGGAGAAUUGGGAGAGUCAUCGAGAUCCAUCCGGGAAAAGACAACAUCGUCCGAGCCGUCACCAUCAAAACCGCCACUGGUAUCUUCAAACGACCAGCGGUGAAACUGUGUGUCCUACCAAAUCAAGAAUAG